AUGUGCAACUAUGGCUCCGAUGCGCCGGACCUUCAAAAGCCUCGCGAGAUCGAAGACCCAACUGUGAUCAGCACCGACGCCGUGACGACGCUAGAGUUGAGCCGGGAAUGCAGGGCCCAUCUGAUGACUUUCGAGCAAUCAAGGACACUCCAGACGAUUUCCACCGUCCUCUGUGCUUGGGACCCCUAUCUUAUGCAUGUAGUCUUGGUCAUUGCCGCGAUGCAUCGCCGCUACCGAGGCACACCGGCUUCGAACCACCCUAGCACAUUUGAAAGUUACCAUGUCUCCCGAUGUGCGGCAUUACUCAGUUCGAAGGAGUCGCGGUCUCUACAAGUGGAAGAUCGUGAUAUAUUUUGGAUGACGUCGACCUUUCUGGAUAUCAUCGCAGCAGGCAGUGUCCCUGCGAUAACCCCCGGAGAAGUCUGGCCACUCAAGCCGUCGGACUCGUUGGACUUGGAAUGGUUGCGUAUGGCCGAAGGCAAAAUGGAGGUCUGCAGACUCGCUGAUCAUCUGCGCCCAGACAGUCGCUUCUGGGACAUGACCGAAGAGUAUGUGCAGAUAUAUGAUGCCCUGUUAUAUACAGAUAUCGGCAGAGUACCGCCAGCGCUUGCGCGACUAUGCUAUUUAACCCCGUCCUCCCCCCUCCAACAUAACAACCCAUACUUUACCGCUGUAUACGCUUGCCCCAGUACUAGAUCAGCGUUCUGGUAA